AUGGCGAAGAACCACGGAGCCGCCGCUCUCCUGAUCGCGUCCCUUCUCGUGGUCGCGGUCACCCUCGCCGACGCCAGGGUCACCUUGCAGGUGCAGCGCCACAGCGUUAACGGAGGCUAUGCGGCGAAGGCGGUGCCAGCGCUGACCUGCAACAAGGUGAACGCGGUGCAGUCGGGCGACACCUGCUCCUCCAUCGCGGACGGCGCCGGUCUGGCCCAGGAGGAUUUCCUGGGCUUCAACCCCAACAUCAACUGCGUCAAGAUCUUCCUUGGUCAGUGGGUCUGCCUUGACGCAUCUGCUGCUUAA